AUGUCGGACGGGAAGCGCGCUGUUGACUCGGACAAGGUCUGGACAACCCUCAUCACAAACCUCGAAUACCUCCCCGGCCUCCUGACUCUUCACCACUCCCUCAUCAAGUCCGGCUCUCAAUACCCACUGGUCGCCCUUUACACAGACUCCUUCCCGGAAAAGGGCCUCGCCGCCCUCGAGCGUCGCGGCAUUCCCGCCCAGCGCAUCGAGUACCUCCUGCCAACCAAGGGUCGGGAUUACUCCAAUGACCCGCGCUUCUACGACUGCUGGAGCAAGCUCACCCCCUUCUCGCUGGACCAGUACAAGCGCGUCGUGCAGCUCGACUCCGACAUGUUGGUGCUGCGCAACAUGGACGAGCUGAUGGAGCUCGAGCUCGACGACGGUGACUUCGCGGCGGAAAACACCCCCGGCGCCGCCAUCGGAUCACCGAAGCGCCUCGACGCCGAGAGCGGCUACGGAUCCGGUGAGGACCAGACGGCCACCGCUGACGCCACGAACCCGGCCGCGAACAACCCUAGCACCAGAGUCUUCGCCGCCGGCCACGCCUGCGUGUGCAACCCGCUCAACAAGCCGCACUACCCGCGCGACUGGACGCCCGAGAACUGCGCCUUCACGACGCAGCACUCCACCCCGGACGAGGCCCAGACCGUCUCGCCCGACCCCGUGACGGCCUCGCCCCUCGGCUUCAUGAACGGCGGCCUCCAGGUCGUCAACCCUUCCAAGAAGCUCUUCCAGCAGAUCGUAAAGCACAUGGAGGACGGCGCCAUGGACAUGGACUUUGCCGACCAGAGCCUGCUCUCCGAGCUCUACCGCGGCCGCUGGGUGCCGCUGCCCUACGUCUACAACGCCCUAAAGACCCUGCGCUGGGACGGCGUGCACCACCAGAUCUGGAGGGACGACGAGGUGCGCAACAUCCACUACAUCCUCGCGCCGAAGCCGUGGGACGAGAUCGACGCCGAUGGCAACUGGACCGGCACCGAGGAGAGCCAUCGGUGGUGGGUUGAUUAUAACCGUGAGAGGCGGGAGGCGGAGAAGACAAAGGGUGUUGAUGACGGUUUCUGA